ACUCAAAUUUGCAUUAUAUCAAUAAUAAUAAUCAUAAUAGAAAAAUUAAGGGUUCCAAAGAACAAUUGAGGAUUCAAACUUCGGCGGUUGCAUUGCAAACUGCAAUCGCAAGGGACUUCUUCGAGUCUUCAAGGUUUAUCCUCUGCUAAUCAUGGCGACCAGGCUUAUGUUUGAGAAUUCAUGUGAAAUUGGGGUUUUCUCCAAGCUCACUAAUGCUUACUGCUUGGUUGCAAUUGGUGGCUCUGAGAAUUUCUACAGUACCUUUGAAACUGAAUUAGGUGGUGUCAUUCCGGUUGUUAAAGCAUCUAUUGAUGGCACUCGCAUUAUUGGUCGUCUAUGUGCUGGAAACAAAAAUGGGCUUCUUGUACCACACACCACUACUGACCAAGAACUCCAGCACUUGAGGAAUAGCCUACCUGACCAAGUUGUUGUUCAACGUAUACAAGAGAGACUGUCUGCUCUGGGGAAUACAAUUGCUUGUAAUGAUCAUGUUGCUCUCACACAUACUGAUCUUGAUCGGGAAACUGAAGAGCUUAUUGCUGAUGUUCUUGGAGUAGAGGUCUUUAGGCAGACAGUAGCGGGCAAUGUUCUGGUGGGAAGCUACUGUAGCUUCACAAAUAGGGGUGGCUUGGUUCAUCCACACACAUCUGUUGAAGAUUUGGACGAGCUGUCAACCCUUCUUCAGGUCCCUUUAGUUGCUGGAACCGUGAAUCGUGGAAGUGAAGUGAUUGCUGCUGGAUUGACAGCAAAUGACUGGACUGCAUUUUGUGGUUCGGAUACCACUGCCACUGAGUUAUCAGUCAUCGAGAGCGUUUUCAAAUUGAGAGAGGCUCAACCAAGUUCCAUUGUUGAAGAAAUGAGGAAGUCGUUAAUAGACAGUUAUGUGUGAGGAGUCUCUUCUACUACACCUAAGAUCUUGAAAGCAAUUAAUUGUCAUUACUCUUGUGUUCUUUUCCUUCUAUUAUAUUUAACAACUUGGUGAGUAUGAAAUUCGACCAAGCAAUUAGUGUUUUGGUUAAAAUUUAUACCCGUAUUUGCUAUUAUAAAUCUGUUCUAUAUUUGUAAUGAUCAAACAAAAUAUUAAGGCUACCUACUACUCGAGUAACCGAAAGGCGAGGAACAGGAAAUAUUAUUCAUAAGAAAAUGUUGAAUUACAUUGUC